AUGUCUUCGAAUAUACUCUCGCGUAAAUUCGAUGUUAGUAAAUUUGGCGUGAUCUAUGCGGAGCUCAGAAGAAUGUUGGACCGGCCGGCUGGAAUUACCAUUGUGAUCGUGAGAGAAGAUUUAUUGGUUGAUCAGCAAAAGACUGUUGUCGAGCAUAGUGCUGGGAUGUAUAUGGCGGGAUUAGUGUUCGAGUAUUUAAUAGCACGAGGUGGAGUUCAGGAGAUUGAGAAAGCUAAUGAGAAAAAGGCUAAACUGCUGUAUGACUAUAUCGAUCAAUCAAAAAUCUACCAAUCGCAUAUUGAUCCAAAAGUGCGAUCGAGAAUGAACGUGCCAUUCAGAAUAAACCCACCCGAAUUGGAGGCGCAAUUCUUGGCAGGUGCUGAAGCUUUGAGGAUGUAUCAGUUGAAGGGACAUCGUAGUGUUGGCGGCCUUAGGGCCAGCAUUUAUAAUGCCAUGACAUUAGAGGGCGUAACUGCGUUGAUUGAUUACAUGAAAGCAUUUGAGAAAAAACAUUCAGCAUAA